CUAUAAUGUCAGCGGUAGUACCACAUGUCGAGAAAGAUUUAGAUUUAAGUAAUGCUGGUCGUGGUGUAUGGCUGGUUAAAGUACCAAAGUAUAUAGCCAAUAAAUGGGAGAAAGCUCCUGGCAAUAUAGAAGUUGGCAAAUUAAAAAUAACCAAAAACCCUGGACAAAAGGCAGAGGUAUCUCUGAAACUAUCAGAGGCUGUUUUAGCAUUAAAAGAACCUGGAGAAGAAGAUAUUCCUAAACAACACAGACUCGAUGUAACAACAGUAACACGACAAAUGCUUGGUGUUUUCUCUCAUGUUACACCUUCCAGUAGCUCAGAUGCCAUUGUUCCAGAAACAGAAAAGUUGUUUAUGGAAGGUAGAAUUGUACAGAAAUUAGAAUGUCGGCCCUAUGCCGAUAAUUGUUACAUGAAACUGAAGUUGGAAAGUAUUAAAAGGGCAUCAGUACCUCAAAGACAAGUUCAACAGUUAGAUAGAGUAGUCCAAAAUUUCAAACCAGUGUCAGAUCACAAGCAUAAUAUCGAAUAUGCUGAAAAGAAGAAAGCAGAGGGCAAGAAGAUGCGUGAUGAUAAGGAUUCUGUACUCGACAUGUUAUUUGCUGCAUUUGAAAAGCAUCAAUAUUAUAACAUCAGGGAUCUUGUGAAAAUUACCAGGCAGCCUAUAGUAUAUUUGAAAGAAAUUCUUAACGAGGUAUGCAAUUAUAAUUUAAAAAAUCCACACAGAAACAUGUGGGAAUUAAAGCCUGAAUAUCGUCACUAUAAAGACGAAGAGAAACCUGCCGAAACAACAACCACUAAAACCGAUGAUUCUGACGAUGACUAAUCUUUAUACUCUUCAAUAUCUUUAAUAUUUCUUAUGCAAUACAUAUUUCAUCAAGAUGAACAAAAGGAUUUGAUAAGACUUUGACAUCCACGAUACUUUUCGCACUCAACCAACGCUAUCAACUUUAAUUACAAUUUGAUAUUUGAUUGUAAAAUACGAAGGAAAGAAUUAGACCAAUUUAAACGAAAAAUUCUUACGUUAUGAUGUACAAAUUGUAAAAAAAUCUAUGAUCCAAGAAGAAUUCUAAUUCUAUUAUCAACAAUAAAAAAACCUUUUUAAUGA